AUGCUGCGGGGACCCAAGUCAAGCUCUACCUGGUUCCUGAGGGCCACACUAACCUUCAUAUCUGCAACAAUCCCUGCUCUCAUCCUGGAGUCUCAGUCCACGCAUCCUGACUUCUGUUCUGGUGGCUCUACCCUGGGACCUAAUGAAACCAGCUCUGUGUCUACUAGUUCACCCGGUACUUCUCUGGGUCCUGAGCUCUUGGACCCAUUGUGCCAGCUACCAGCAGAUGAAGAGGAUGAUCUCAGGGCCCCUGAGGGUGCUAGAACUCCAGACAGUAAACCUGAACUGGAGGCCAGAGACCCAUCCGGUGCCUGGGCCUUGAAGUCAACUGUGGAAGAGCAGAAAGAAGGUGAGGGGCAGGUUGAGGAGGAGGAGGAAUGUCCCAUUUGUGCCGAGCCUUAUGGGCCUAGUGAGCACCACCUGACCCUGCUAAACUGUGGUCACAGUCUGUGUGUGGGCUGCCUGCACCAGCUGUUAGGCAUGACCCCUAGAGCUGACCUGGGUCGUGUGUGCUGUCCACUGUGUCGUCAGAAGACACCCAUGCUAGAGUGGGAGAUCUGUCAGCUGCAGGAGGAACUGCUUCGAGCUGAUGGACCCCAGCGCCCAGUGCGCACUGCAUCCAUCACAGCCGUGCAUCCUGGCCCUUGGCCCUGGGGGCCCUUAGAGCACCGCUACCGGCUGCGCUUCCUGGCAGGGCCUGUGGGAGGACAGAGCUGUCUCCCCUUCCUGCCCUGCCCUCCCAGGCUAGGUACCUGGUUAUGGACACUGCGAGAACGUGGCCCCUGUGCCCGCCGCUUGUCACUGCUGAGCCUGCUGGUACUUGAACUGCUAGGGCUGGUGGUCAUCUUCAUGCCACUCAUGUUACUAGGGGUGCUCUUCAUGCUGCUAGACCGUUCCACCCACUAAGCAGAGCCCAGGAUGUAAGCCAAGCUUUGAAGUCCAUGCUUAGAUUGUGGUAAUCAGCAAAGACUUGUUAUCACUAAUACCAAGACUAGGUAUGCCUGAGAGCCUGAGCCAGCCAGGGUGCUUACACACCCUUGCAGCCUAGAUACUGGCCAAAGCCAAGGACACAAGGACACCCUCUGAAGGAGCCUGGCCUGGGAGGAAGAGCUGUGAAAAGAGCCCUAUGUGCUUGCCAUGGACUAGCCGCAGGCAGAAACUCGUGGUCCAGCUGGGGAGGGUGGACACAAAUGUGUGAUUCUGUUUAUCGUGAGAUCUGUUUAUUGGAGAAGGCAAGGGCUGCAGAGACUCACCUGUUCCAGACAGAAGCUGGUGUGUGUCCCUGAAGGCAACAGCAGCAGCCACAGUAACUAUCGGGAGAGGCCAGCACUGCACAAACCAGCCUUCAAAACCUCCCCACCCAACCUAAGAUAACUCUCACCAGAGAAGGUAGCCCAGAGCAACUGGGAUCAAUAUUGCCUUUGUAUUGCAAGGGCCAAGGGCCCAUCCAGACCCUGAAGCCUCCAAAUGCCUGAGGUCCAGCUCUGUUCCUAAUUGACUCUGCAAUUCGUGUCACUGGACCAGGAGCCCUCACUUGGGAGAUGCAGACAAAUGUCAGCUCACUUCAUGGCUCAUUGAUGACACAAUGUAGGGCGUAACGUUUCAAACUGAGUGCUAUAUAACAAGCAUAAGAAAGGUUCUCAAUAAACAGUUGUUACUGAUGCUA